CCCCCCCCUAAUGUUUGUUUUAGGCCUAUUGAAUUGUUGGUGCUGUUUUCCAAAUUUUUAUUUUUUUUUUUAAAUGAACCAACAUAGACCCCCAGGGGGACAGCAAACACAAACAUUCAUUCCCAUUGGCUCACGAACAUGAUGCUACUGGUCAUCUGUUUAAAGCAACCUCUUAUGUUUUCCCUCCAGUUUCCUCCCAACUGUAGAUUAGUUACAUGUAUUUUAGAAGUUAAAUCCAUAUGCCUGUUGGAUUUCAUUACUUUUCCUAAUGAUACUGAUACAGUAUCAUGAUGUAUGCAUACAGACAUUAUUUUUUGGUGCAAUAAACAUGUGUUGUGACCAGGGGCCUUACCUUACCGUACAUACAUGUUUAUUUUUUGCUGAGGCAUGUUUCUAAAGUGUCAUCCUUAUAUUUCCUAAUCUAAAUCAGUUUCAAUCUUAAAAAAAAAUCUUAUUCUAAAUGUAACUCUCCCCUGUGCCAACUCAGUCAAUCUCUUGUUUCAUCUUCUGACCUAUGUAUUGUUUUGAAACAAGAGCACAUGUUUUGUGAAAGAGGGAACCAGGGCAUAGGUCCUCCCUCCCAGGGGAGUAUGGGGUUGGCACUGAAAACAUGCAAUUUUUUAUAUUUUUCUUCCUUGUCACCAGAUACGCAUGAGAUGCAGUGAUCAUUGCAGUUCUGCGGCUUUUUUCCUCUUUUGCAUUCGUGUUUUUUGUCUCUUUGCUUUUGUUUUUCAAAUAAAAAAUUUAAAAAGUUAGAAAAACUUUUCUUUAUUAAAAAGUCAUUUUCACGCUGGAAUGCAGCUAUUAUGCAAAUCCAUGCUUGUCUGAAAAGCAAACAAAAAGCAAGCCAGUCAAGACACUGCAUCCUAUGUGGGGUUUAUCUGGGUUUUUUUCUAUUUACGCUGUCUGUAGUGCCAUUUCAAUGUAAUGUGCUGUUUCUUUGUGUCUUUGUUGUCUCUUUUUUUCCUCUCCUCUGGAGCAGCAUUCUGUCCCGCUCGGGCAGGAAGGACAACCAGGAAGCUUCCAAUUUGGCCGUCCCCAUGACCAUGUGUCUUUUUCCUGUGCCAUUCCCACUCACCCCAUCUCUAAGACCACAAGUCAGUUCCAUCAACCCUACAGUUACUCGCUCCCUCCUUUGCAGCGUUCUGCGGGACGCCCCGUCCGACCGCGCGGGGCAGCAGAGUCGAGACGCUCAGCUCUCAGAGUACCCCUCACUGGACUAUCAGGGGCUCUAUGUGACGCUGGUGACCUUGCUUGACCUGGUGCCCCUGCUGCAGCACGGUCAGCAUGAUUUGGGACAGUCCAUAUUUUACACAACGGCAUGUCUCCUGCCAUUUCUCAGUGAUGAUAUUCUCAGCACACUACCCUACACCAUGAUCUCCACGCUUGCCACCUUCCCGCCCUUUCUGCACAAGGACGUCAUCGAGUACCUGAGCACCUCCUUCCUGCCCAUGGCUAUACUGGGCUCUAGCAGAAAGGAGGGAGGAGUACCAGCCUAUGUGAACCUCUCUGCAUCAUCCAUGCUAAUGAUUGCCAUGCAGUACACCUCAAACCCUGUCUACCAUUGUCAGCUGCUGGAAUGUCUCAUGAAGCACAAACAGGAAGUAUGGAAGGACCUGCUCUAUGUGAUAUCCUAUGGACCAUCCCAAGUCAAGCCCCCAGCUGUUCAAAUGCUUUUCCACUACUGGCCCAAUCUGAAGCCCCCAGGUGCUAUUAGCGAAUACAGAGGACUGCAGUACACAGCCUGGAACCCCAUCCAUUGCCAGCAUAUUGAGUGUCACAAUGCCAUCAACAAGCCUGCUGUCAAGAUGUGCAUUGACCCUGCUCUCUCUGUCACUCUGGGAGACAAGCCCCCACCUCUCUACAUAUGUGAGGAGUGCAGCCAGAGGAUUGCAGGGGACCAUGCAGAAUGGCUCAUCGAUGUGCUUCUGCCUCAAGCGGAGAUAUCUGCUAUUUGUCAGAAGAAGAACUGUAGUUCCCACGUCAGGAGGGCAGUUGUCACCUGCUUCUCAGCUGGCUGCUGCGGGCGCCAUGGCAACCGACCGGUUCGCUACUGCAAGCGUUGCCAUGUCAACCACCACAGCGCUGAGGUGGGGGCUUCGGCGGAGACCCAUCUGUACCAGACCUCCCCUCCACCUAUCAACACCCGGGAGUGUGGGGCUGAGGAGCUUGUAUGCACCGUGGAGGCUGUUGUCAGCCUUUUGAAGGAGGCUGAGAUCCACGCCGAGCUUCGGGAGAAUGAAAUGAACCGGCGCCGGCAGAUGGGCUUGUCGGCGUCACACCACUCCCUGGACAACAUUGAAUUCGACAACAAGGAAGAUGACCAGCACGACCAGAGGCUUCUCAGCCAGUUUGGCAUCUGGUUCCUGGUGAGCCUGUGCACGCCCAACGAGAACACGCCCACAGAGAGCCUGGCGCGGCUCGUCAGUAUGGUCUUCCAGUGGUUCCACUCCACUGCUUACAUGAUGGAUGAUGAAGUGGGCAGCCUUGUGGAGAAGCUCAAGCCGCAGUUUGUCACCAAGUGGCUGAAGACCGUGUGUGACGUCCGCUUUGACGUAAUGGUGAUGUGCCUGCUACCCAAGCCGGUGGAGUUCGCCCGGGUGGGUGGUUACUGGGACAAGUCAUGCAGCACGGUGACACAGCUGAAGGAGGGCUUGAACCGCAUCCUGUGCCUCAUCCCCUACAACGUGAUCAGCCAGCCGCUGUGGGAGUGCUUCAUGCCGGAGUGGCUGGAGGCCAUCCGCACGGAGGUGCCCGACCACCAGCUGAAGGAAUUCCGAGAGGUGCUCAGUAAAAUGUUUGACGUUGAGCUGUGUCCCCUGCCUUUCUCCAUGGAGGAGAUGUUCGGCUUUAUCAGCUGCCGCUUCUCUGGGUACCCAGCCUCUGUCCAGGAGCAGGCUCUGCUCUGGCUGCAUGUGUUGUCAGAACUAGACAUUGUGGUGCCCCUGCAGUUGCUGAUCUCCAUGUUCUCUGAUGGAGUCAAUUCCGUGAAAGAACUGGCCAAUCAGAGGAAGGCACGGGCAACAGACCUGUCGGGCAACCUGGGGGCUCGGAGGGUGAGUGUAGUGUCAGACCCAGGCCGCCGUGGCCAGCACAACAGCCUGAGCCCAUUCCCCAGCCCCUUUCGGAGUCCAUUUCGGAGCCCGCUGCGCUGCAGCCCCUUCAAAAACCUGGGCCAUGCCACUGGCCACUGCGCCCUUGACCUGGACUGUGAGGAUGAUGACAUGAACCUGGGCUGCUUCAUCCUGAUGUUUGACCUCAUCCUUAAACAGAUGGAGCUUCAGGAUGAUGGUGUGACACUGGGCCUGGACAACAGCCUGGCCAAGGACAUCAUGGGCAUCAUCAACAACGUGUUCCAGGCCCCAUGGGGUGGCUCACACACCUGCCAGAAGGACGAGAAGGCACUGGAGUGCAGCCUGUGUCAGUCUAGCAUCCUGUGCUACCAGCUGGGCUGUGAGCUGCUAGAGAGACUGGCCCCCCGGGAAGAGAUUCAGCUGGUGGAGCCCACAGAUAGCCUCGAGGACAGUCUGAUCUUUCCCCGGCCGGAGUUCAGCGUGGGCACCGAUCGCGGCGCUGAGGAUGGAGACAGCCCCGCUAACAGAGCAGCGGAUAACCCUGGAAACCAGGGCCACUUACCAGAGAACCCCCCCAUGAAAAACAACACUGAUAAGAAGUUCUCCUACCAGCACCUUCCUGUGUCCCUCAAGCUUAUUUACACCAUACUACAGGAAAUGGGCAAGUUCGAGGAGCCCGAUAUCCUCUUCAACAUGCUGAACUGCUUGAAGAUCCUGUGUCUCCACGGGGAAUGCCUGUAUCUUGCACGGAAGGAUCACCCCCAGUUCCUUGCCUAUGUCCAGGAAAAGCUUCUCAUUCCCUGCCUGUGGCGGAUGCUGAAGUCUAAGUUCUGCCAGCUAGCCUCACUGGCUGUUCCCCAGCUCCUGCAUGCCCUCUCACUCCCACAUGGCGCGGAUAUCUUUUGGACCAUUGUGGACAGCAGCUUCAAUAGCAAGGACUGGAAAACACGCUUUGAAGCAGUGGAGAGGGUGGCGGUGCUGUGCCGCUUCAUAGACAUCCCCUCAGUGACCAAGAAUCACCGGCUGAAAUACUCGCUGGCCCAUGCGUUCUGCUGCUUCUUAGCCGCGGUGGAGGAUGUCAACCCGGCCGUGGCCACGCGAGCGCGACUUUUGCUGGACACCAUCAAGAGGCCCACACUGCAGGGCCUGUGCCUGAGCCUGGACUUCCAGUUUGACACGGUGGUAAGGGACCGGCCCGUGAUCCUCAGCAAACUGCUACUGCUGCACUUCCUCAGAGAAGACAUCCCAGCACUCAGCUGGGAGUUCUUCCUGAACCGCUUCGAGACGCUUUCCCUGGAGGCCCAGCUGCACCUGGACUGCAACAAAGAGUUCCCCUUCCCCACCACCAUCACAGCAGUGCGAACCAACGUGGCUAACCUUAGCGACGCCGCCAUGUGGAAGAUCCGCCGUGCACGCUUUGCUCGGAAUCAGCAGAAGAGUGUACGCUCCCUUCGGGACAGCGUCAAGGGUCCGUCUGAGUCCAAGCGGGCCUUCUCACUACCCGAGACACUGAGCAGCAGACUGCCUCUAAGGCUCACGAGGCAUGAGCAGUCUGCCCCCUCUCUGGGAGAUAUGAUAGAGAGAGUCCUGCCAGGCCAAAACCCACCCGAGGAUGAUGUCCUCAUCAAGGAUCCACUGCCAGAGGAUGUUGGGAUUGACCACCAGACAGUGCACCACUUGAUCAUGGUGCUCAUGAAGUUCAUGGCUAAGGACAAGAGCAGCGCUGAAGCUGACAUCGGCAGUGCCAAGGCUUUCAAUGCCGUCAAGCGUCAUCUGUACGUGCUGCUGGGCUAUGACCAGCAGGAGGGUUGCUUCAUGGUAGCCCCGCAGAAGAUGCGUAUCUCAACUUGCUUCAAUGCCUUCAUUGCUGGCAUUGCUCAGGUGAUGGAUUACAACAUUGGGUUGGGGAAGCAGCUUCUCCCCCUAGUGGUCCAGGUGCUGAAGUACUGCGCCUGCCCACAGCUGCGGCACUACUUCCAGCAGCCGCCUCGCUGCUCGCUCUGGGCGCUACAGCCGCACCUUCGCCAGAUGUGGCUGAAGGCUCUGCUGGUGGUCCUCUACAAGUACCCCUACAGGGAAAUGGACGUCAGCAAGGUGGUUCUGCACUUGAUCCACAUCACCAUCAACACGUUGAACGCGCAGUACCACAGCUGCCGGCCGCACGCCACAGCUGGUCCACUUUACAGCGACAACUCCAACAUCAGCCGCUAUAGUGAGAAGGAGAAAGAGGAGGACAGUGUUUUUGAUGAGUCUGAUGUACAUGACACUCCCACGGGGGCCGGCAACAAGGAGUCCCAGACCUUCUUCGCCAGGCUGAAGCGGAUCGGUGGCAACAAGUCGGUUAAAUACCAGCCGGUGGAGCUCAACGCCCAGAAAAGUGACAUGGAGCUCUUAGAGUACCGGGAGGGUGGAGCCCUGCAGGACAGCCUCCUGCGAUGUGUACGCCAAGAGAGUACCAAGAAGAAACGUCUGCAGGCCAUGCACAAGCAGAAGUCCCUGGACAUCGGCAAUGCCGACUCCAUGCUUUACAACCUGGAUGAGCAUCGGCGGAAGUCCUGCAUUGAUCGCUGUGACCUCCAGGGGCCCACCGCUCCUGGCAGCAGUGUCCCCUCGCAGCCUCUUGAGCCCCAGCCCAGGGGAUCCUCUGAUGGUUCCUUCGUCCGGGUGGAGGGCCUCGACUUGCAGGAGCGCCGGGGGUCUCGGGAGCCUCCCGCUGAUGGCCGAAGGCCCGUCAUUCCUGAGGUGCGGCUCAGCUGCAUGGAGACCUUUGAGGACAAGCCAGGCUCCCCGGGCGGGGCACCACUCUCCCCGAAAGAAGACCCCGACCUCAUAGACCUCUCUUCUGACUGUACAUCAAUUCCUGAGAAGCACUCCAUACUCUCCAUGUCUGACAGUGACUCAUUGGUCUUCGAGCCCUUGCCACCACUGUGUAUCGUGGAAAGCGAUGAGGAGUUUGAGGUACAGAAUCUCAAAGGUGCCCGGCCCAAUGGCCAGCCACCCAUGCCCACAACACCCAGGACCACCUUGCGGCCGGCACCAGUGGUACAGGUGAGUGUAGAGGACUGCUCCACGGAUGUUUUUACUCCAGACCCAAAGGAAAGAACCCUGUGUCCCCCAGCGAAGGGCCCCGUAACCCCUGCUGGCUCCCUAGACCUCCCAGAUUCUCAGGGGUUUGUAAUCCCAGAGCACCCAAAGGAUGCAUCCCAAGAGAGCCCCCUAACCCUGAAGCAGAAGCGGGAUCUGCUGAGAAAAACGCCAGCUGUACCAGAGAUGUCUUUGGAUGAGCCUGGUGCAAACCCUGAGGAUGGGACGGGUCCCAUCGCCAGUCCAUCUGGGAAGACUGUUUUCUUGAGCGUCCCAGAGGAUUCUGAGCCUCCCCCAGAUCCCACUGCCGGCAGCGAUGAAGACCCCGAUGAUGAUCUUGGCGAUGGGGCUGACAGCGACCCUAAGCCCGAGGACGACGGCGAGGAGGCGGAGUUUAAGAUCCAGAUAGUGCCACGGCAGCGUAAGCAGAGGAAGAUUGCAGUUAGUGCGAUCCAGAGGGAAUAUCUGGACAUCUCCUUUAACACACUGGACAAGUUGGGUGACCCCCCAGCAGAGACAGAUAACACGGCUCCGCCCGCAACGGAAAAGCCGCGGGAGUCAGCCUCAGCCCCCACUCUGGAGGCCACCGUCCCAGACACAAACAGCCGCCCGUCGAUACCAAGCCAGUACCGACAGGCCAAGCGUGGUUCCCUGGGUGCCCUGACCAUGAGCCAACUCAUGAAGAGGCAGCUAGAACAUCAGUCCAGUGCCCCACACAAUAUCAGCACCUGGGAGACUGGUGCCACCAAGACCAGCCUGCUCUCCGCCCCCAGUACCGUCAGCAUGUUUGUGCCUGCCCCUGAGGAGUUCACCGACGAGCAGCCCACCACCAUGAGUGACCGAUGUCGUGACUGCGGGGCAGUGCUGGAGGAGUAUGACGAGGAGACUCUCGGGCUGGCGGUGGUGGUUCUUUCCAUGUUCAUCCACCUGAGCCCGGACCUGGCUGCACCCCUGCUCCUCGACAUCAUGCAAUCUGUGGGCAGGCUGGCAUCCAGCACCAAUUUCUCUGGUCAAGCAGAGAGUAUGCUGAUUCCAGGCAACGCCCCUGGGGUGGCUAAGCAGUUCCUGCGCUGUGUGUUCCAUCAGCUGGCACCUAACGGCAUCCUCCCCCAGCUCUUCCAGAGCAACAUCAAAGACGGAAGUUUUCUUAGAACUCUGGCUUCAUCUCUGAUCGAUUUCAACGAACUGAGCUCCGUUGCAGCUUUAAACCAGCUGCUUGAGGGUUUGAACAACAAGAAGAGCCUUCCAACAGGGGGCGCUAUGUUGCACUGCCUCGACAAUAUAGCCUCAUUCAUGGAGGCGCUGCCUAUGGACUCUCCCAGCAACCUGUGGGCCACCAUUUGCAACCAGUUCCAGACAUUCUUGACCAAGCUGCCGUCCGUUUUACCGCUGAAGUGUCCCCUGGAUUCGAGCUUAAGAAUCAUUAUUUGUUUGUUAAAGAUUCCCACCAUCAGCGCCACAAGGAGCCUGUUGGAACCCUUCUCCAAACUGCUGAGCUUUGUGAUCCAGUACGGCAUCUUCAGUCUCUCUUACUUGAUGGAGCUCUGCAGCCUUUGCUAUCGAGCGUUCAACAAGGAGAGGGACAAGUUCUACAUGUCACGCGUCGUAGUCCUGGAACUCCUGCAGGCACUCAAGUUUAAGUCCGCCCUCCCCGACACCAACCUGUUGUUGCUGGUCCAGUUUGUUUGUGCAGAUGCUGGGACGAGACUGGCAGAGUCAACCAUCCUCCAAAAACACAUGAUUUCAUCGCUUCCUGGGGGCACAACGGCAGCCAUGGAAUGUAUGAGGCAAUACACAAGCGAGCUCCUGGACUUCAUUGCGGACAUGCACACGCUGACCAAGCUCAAGAGCCACAUGAAGGCCUGCUGUCAGCCACUCCAUGAGGAUACCUUUGGUGGGAACCUCAAGGUGGGACUGGCUCAGGUUGCUGCCAUGGAGAUCAGCAAGGGAAAUCACCGUGACAACAAAGCAGUGACCCGCUAUCUGCCAUGGCUCUACCAUCCUCCGUCCGCCAUGCAGCAGGGACCGAAGGAGUUCAUCGAGUGUGUAUCCCAUAUCCGCCAGCUCUCCUGGCUGCUACUGGGGUCCCUUACGCACGGUGCUUUGCACCAGGGUUCCACUUCCUGCAUGCCCAUCCCACUAGAUGCUGGCUCCCAGAUCGCCGAUCACCUCAUCGUCAUCCUGAUUGGCUUCCCAGAGCAGUCCAAGACGUCUGUCCUCCAUAUGUGCUCUCUGUUCCACGCCUUCAUGUUCGCCCAACUGUGGACCAUCUACUGCGAACAGGCUGCUGCUGCCGCACCUGCUCUACAGAACCAGAAUCAGAACGAGUUCUCGUCUGUUGCCAUCCUCACUGGCAUGGAGUUCUGGAGCCGUGUCACACCAAGCAUUCUGCAGCUCAUGGCCCACAACAAAGUGAUGGUGGAGAUGGUGUGCUUGCAUGUGAUCAGCCUCAUGGAGGCCCUACAGGAAUGCAACUCCACCAUCUUUGUGAAGCUCUUUCCAAUGUGGCUGCCCCUGAUUCAGUCCAACUUGAAGCAUUUGUCUGCAGGAUUGCAGCUGCGGCUGCAGGCCAUCCAGAAUCGCGUGAACCAUCAGGGCCUGCAGGGCCUGUCGGGGUGUGGUCAACCAGGGGCUCCGCCCUCUGCCCUGCGCAAGUGGCUGCAGUGCACCCAGUUCAAGAUGGCACAGGUGGAGAUUCAGUCCUCUGAAGCGGCUUCACAGUUCUACCCCAUGUGACAAGUGGAUCUGGGCCAUGUCCUCCCAGGUUCUGUAAACCUGGGGACAAGGUGAUCCCAACCGAAAGUCUUUCCACCAAGCUUCUCGUCACUCGCCUUUGCACCUGCACUUUCCACAUAUCGUGAAUAGCUCUCUGGAUUGAACUGAACAUCUAGCUGUGUUUCAGAGGCUCCGGCGAUGCCACACGUUGCCUCACUGUCUAAGCAAUAGAAUGGUGACCCACCAGCGACUACAAGGAAGUGGGGCCAGAUACCAGAGGAUCAGAGUGUGCGUGGCCUUGUGGCUCCAGCAGGUUAAGCUCUCAGUAUGACUUUCUCAUUUGGGAUUGGUAAGGGUGCAGCUGGAGGUGUUAUCUUUGGGGGUAACAGGUGUGUUUCAAAGCAUAGCCGAGAAGACGGCCCACCUGCUUGUGGGAUGAAAUGUCUCGUGCUGCCUUUCAUCACAACACCCAUGGUAAACACCCUCCCCCCUCUUGCUAGAGCCCUGGCAUGUGGGAACCAGUGACAGCAAAGCAGCAGAAGAGAGAGACACUGUCCCAGACUGCUCUGUGUCCACACGUUCGGAAGCCACUGUGUCAACUCCCAGUUUUCCUUGCUGUUUGUCAUCGAAUAAUGGAAAUAAUAACAGAAUCAAUUAAA